UCACAUUAAACGGUUUCAUGCCUUCGUUGAUUGAGUAAACUAUUUAUUAUGUCUUCCACCUGGUCCCAAAGUAGAAGGAAUGGAGCUAACGUCAAGCUAGCUGAAGCCACUGCCUAGCCAAAACAUAAGCAUUUACGUGAAAUACCGGGCGGGUGAAGAUUCAUCCAGAAAUUUAGGGGAUUGUGGUAGGAGUAACGAAAUCAACCGGAAAGAACUGUAGUAAUCUGAAAAUGUCGUUCACUCGCGAUCGAAUGAAGAGACAAACUUCACCAUCAUUCAAGACUCCGAUGGUAUUCAAGCCUGACUCGAGCCAUAAACCAUCUCCGUCGCGAAAAGAUUUGUGGAAAGAGGAGUUAGGAUUCGAUGACGAUUCUAGUCCGGAAGCCGGACAGUCAUCAAGCGACGAUGAAGAAUUGGAACCUGAAGCUGAUCAGCUGUCCAGCAAAGGUUCAUCAGAUGUGGAGUAUCAAGCUCUGCUUGCAGAGUUAAGACAGAAAGACAAGCAGCGUGAGGAACUUCUUAUGAAUCUAAAGGCUAUGACAGACAAAACUGCCAACUAUAAGUCGAAGCUCCAGAAGGCAGAAAACAACAAAAAAUCACAAAUAAAAAUUCUGAAGAAAACACAUGAAUCUCAGUUAGCUAUGAAAGCAGAGCUUAUCCACAAUUUAGAGGAACUUAUUGAAGAACAAGAAACCAAAAUUGCUGAGCUUGAAAGUCACAUCAAAGGUUCAAGUCCCACACAAUCAUUGAAUGCUGCUAACACAAAAGCUUCAAGUCUCAGGAAACUUGUUGACUCCAUAAAUGAUCUCCAUGCAGAGAAAAGUAGGAUUCAUGAAACAUGGCUGUCAACGCAGUCAGAACUUGAGACAGUUAAGCAUGAACACAAGGAGAACAUGAGUCGUUUGAAAGAAAAUAUUUCAGAGUUGGAGACAAAGCUUCGCAAAGCUCACGCUGAAAAUCUCAAGUUGCAAAGUUCAGAAGCAGAAAGUGAUAAACCAAGAGAAAACAACAAACAAGUGUUUUCUCUCCAAGAGGAAGUCACUACUUUGAAAAAAAAGAUUCAGACAUUGGAACAUGAUUUACAGAGUGCUCACAAACUACAUGCAACUACAAAAAAUAAACUUGAAGAAGAAGCACUAAAUCUUAGAAAGAAGCUUCGAGACACUGAAGCGAAGUAUAGUAAUCUGGCUGCUACACCACCAAAGACGCGGACCAUCUCUGUUGUUUCGGAGGAGACCAAAAAAAAGCUUGACCAGAUGAUCGCUCAAAACAAAGAUCUGGAAGAAAUUCUUGCUAAGACAAGAUCGGACUACAACGCUAAGGUAUCCGCCCUGCAAGCUGAUAUAAAGUCUUUAAAAACCAGCAUAACAGAGAGUUCGAGAAAUGAGCAAAAAGCUUUGGCCGAUUGUCGAACUUUGCAGGAAGCCGUGAAGGAAAUGAGCUCCCUCGAGUCUGUGGUGAAACAAAAAGAUAGCAAAAUAAAGGCGCUAGAAUCCGAGAUCAGCAAAUAUAAAGCGGAUAUCGAUCAGCUUGGACAAGAAUUUGAACAACAAACGAAGGACUUUGAAGGAGAGAAAAGAAGACUUGUUGCAGAGGAGCGGGCCAAAUGUGGAAGGGAGACCAGCGUUAUGCGCUCAAAGCUGAAAAGCGUUACGCAGCAACUGAUUGUGGUGAAGAACACUUUGGACAAUAUCAAGAGAGAACAUCAAGAUCUUAGGAUAAGCUGUUUAAAACUCGGGACUGGAAUAAAACCGGCUAUACGCGGGGUGAUUAAACAGAUUGUGCAGCGUAUCGAAGGAAUCGAUGACAAAAAUAAAGAAUUGGUUACAAAGUACAAAAAGGAAAUGGCUUUGAGGAAAAAGCUCCAUAACGAACUCGUGGACUUGAAAGGCAACAUCAGAGUAUAUUGCAGGGUAAGGCCUGUGAUCAAGGAAGACGGAGGAGGAAAAAUGGCUGCCAAUGUUGUUUCUUUUGACGAAGAUGACGACGGCGUUCUUGGUGUUUUCUCCAAGGGAUCAACAAAACUGUUUGAGAUGGACAAGGUGUUCACAUCAGCAUCCACUCAACAGCAGGUGUUUGAAGAGGUUAAGGCACUCAUAGUUUCUUGUAUAGACGGUUAUAAUGUUUGUAUCUUCGCCUACGGGCAAACAGGAAGCGGGAAAACCUUUACAAUGGAGGGCCCCUCAUCCAAUCCUGGUAUCAACCAGCGUGCGCUCAAGCUUUUGUUCGAAGAGACACGUGACCGCGGAGUGGACUGGAACUACACCAUCAACGUAUCUGUGAUCGAGAUCUAUAAUGAAAUGAUCCGUGAUCUGCUGGGUGAUGAUCCGUCCGCUAAACUUGAAGUGAAACAAGGAAAAGAUGGUCUUUUUGUACCUGGACUCACCGAAAUUCAAGUGAACAACGUUGAUGAACUGAAUGAGGUUUUUGCCAUUGGGAAGACCAACAGGUCUACCGCAAUCACAGAUAUGAACGAGCAUUCCUCUCGUUCACAUGCUCUCCUCUGUGUGACGGUGACCGGUUUCAACAAAACCACAGGACAUAAGACAAUCGGAAAGCUUAACUUGGUGGACUUAGCAGGAAGUGAGAGAGUGUCGAAGAGUGGAUCUGAAGGGGCCCGGAUGAAAGAGGCUCAGAGUAUAAACAAGUCUUUGUCCUCUUUGGGUGACGUGAUCCACUCGCUCAAGAACAGGAGUUCUCAUGUACCCUACAGGAAUUCAAAGCUGACGUAUCUUCUUCAAGAAUCUCUGGGAGGAGAUUCCAAAACUUUGAUGGUGGUUCAGGUUUCGCCUGUGGAAAAGAAUGUGGGUGAAACAGUCUGCAGUUUGAAUUUUGCCCAGCGUGUCAGAACAGUGGAGCUUGGCCAAGCCACGAAACGAACCGUGAAAAGUUGAUGAUCGGACCCAAAACAUUUUCUUACGAAAAAGUGUCUCUCGAUUUACCGGCCUGUUAUCACGAGAAGAAAUUUUUGCAAUGUAGUUCUUUAGCUUGCCGUCUACAAAAGAUCGCAGAGGUCUUGAAUUAUUCGUUACAUAGGACUUAAGUAACUCAUAGCACAGAUUUCUUCAACAAUGUUACCGGUGCAACUAAAAGUCUUUCCUGGUGUGAAUAUUUUCAUAAAUAGUGCAUUUUAAAUAUGAAUGUUUGAUAACUCCAACACUCGUCUCCCGGGCAGUCUCGUUAUGAGUGUUACGCAACACAACCUUGCAAGUUGCGUUACGAGUCAAAGCGGCGGCAGUGACAAAGAGUACUUAUUUGUUGAAUCGGGGUUAACUGCUUUGUUUUUCGUUUAUUCGAAAAAGCAUUUUGUGCCGUCACUUUUUACAGUUCUUUGAACUUAAUGAAUUUUUCUCUCCUUUACUGAGACUGAAAUUGACCUGAGAAAAAGUACACUGUAAAUCUAAUGUGUGCAGUUGAACAGAAACUAAUUCAAGGGUAAUUCCAUCUUUAACGUAUUUUGAGCUGUUGAAAUAGAAAUGAUGAAUAACUUUGUACAUUUGGAAACAUUUUCUAUAAGGUAUUAAGCAAAUGUAGAUGUACUUGAUUUUAGAGAAAUUGUUGAUCCCUAUGCGAAUUUUGCAAUUUUGUGAAUUUUUUAUAAAGCGUUGCUUUGUACAUUUGAAAGCUUUUUUCUAUACAAAGAACAAAAAGUAUUUUGACACGAUGAAUUCUCGAAUUUGUACGGAUAUUUUUACUCAUGGCUAGGUAAUUUCUAACGUUUUGUGAUGAAUUCAGCACGUCCGUUUGUAAAUGUUUUGAAUUAUUCGACAGUGUGUCAACUAUUUAUUAAGUCUUGCACGUUGCAAUAA